AACAUGGCGUUACAGAGGAGUGUAACGCGGUUGCUAACGAAUUUAGGGGUCAAAAACAAUGCGAGGCAUUUUAAAACAGCAGCUGUAUUAUGUCGACGAGCUGCACCACUUGGUCCAAUGCCAAAUGAAGAUAUAGAUUGGAAAAACCUGGAAUCUCUGGAGAAAUAUCGCAGUUACACACGCUACCUCCAAACAGCAGAGGAGGCCAAUAAUAAAGAGGUCUGGUGGAAGACCUACAGAAAACAUGCAGAGGAGAAAAGAGAGUCAGAAUUUGAGCCGGUGAACAUCGGGUUGCCUCACUUUCGGCUUUCUAGGACAAAGGAAGCAAGAGAAAGGAGGAGGAUGGUUAGGGAAAACAAAAAGAACCCUGAGCUGGAGAGAGCUGAUCGUCUGCGCACACUUCGGAUUCCUUUGGAUCAAGUGAAGGAAGAUUGGGCGAAAACCAAUGGGCCAUACCAAAUACAGAGGUUAGCAGAACACUACGGAAUCUACAGAGACCUCUUCCCCAUGGCUUAUUUCAUUCCACGAAUCAUGCUAAAGGUGGCAUUUGGAGACAACAGUAGUGCCAUGGUGCAUUACGGCAAUCAUAUACUACCAAGUCAGGCAUCAACAGCACCUCGUGUUCGUUUCGAGGCAGAGGAGAAUUCAUUGUGGACACUGCUCCUAACAAGCCCAGAUGAGCACUUGCAGGAUGGUGAGCAAGAAUAUGUUAAUUGGCUGGUUGGGAAUAUUCCUGGAAAUGCUUUGCAUUCUGGUGAGGAAAUCUGCAAUUACAUCAGUCCUUUUCCUGCUAAGGGAACAGGAUUCCACAGAUACAUCUUUGUCUUGUUUAAACAAGAAAGCAUUGUUGACUUCAGCAGUGAUCACAGACCAUCUCCCUGUUACAGUCUGAAGCAGCGAAGCUUUAAGACUCUGGACUUCUACAGAAAACAUGAAGAUGUGAUCACUGCUGCUGGACUGGCUUUCUUUCAGAGCCAGUGGGAUGAAUCUGUUACCAGCACCUUUCACACCCUGCUUAAUAUGAAAGAGCCAGUGUUCGAUUAUGACAGGCCUCCAGUGUACCACCCACCCCAGAAAAAGUACCCUCAUGGCCAGCCACUCAGAUACAUGGACCGCUAUAGAGGACGAAAAGAACACACUUUUGGCAUUUAUUAAUAGUCUGUACAUGUGCAAGUAAAGACAUUUCUAAUAAAAUCUCUGAGUAAUAAA